UUGUGGAUUUUCCAUUCGCCGCUAUUUCUUAAUGCAAACAAAUAAACACGAUGCUCGGUUUUUGGAUUUAAUCUGGCGCAAAAAUCGGAUCAUUAUUAGUGCAAUAAAAUGGAUUCGGUGGUGGGGGAGGAUCAGACGCUGCCUUUUGACAUCAACGGGAGCUGCAGUUUAUCCAGGCUGCCAGACUCUCUGAGCAGUGCAGACUUCAGCAUGGACAACAUGACAGCUUCCAUGUUCCCAGGGCAGAAGAUGUCUCCUUCCAAAGUCAUGACCAUGAAAGACUAUGAGAAUCAAAUUACAGCUCUGAAGAAAGAGAACUUUAACCUGAAGCUGAGGAUUUACUUUCUGGAGGAGCAUGUGCAGCAGAAAUGUGAUGAUUCCACUGAAGAAAUCUAUAAGACGAACAUUGAGCUAAAGGUGGAAGUAGAAUCUAUGAAGAGAGACCUUGCAGAAAAACAGGAACUGCUAGUGUCUGCAUCGAAAGCACUGGAGAGUCUAGCCGGUAGAGAUUCAGGAGAAGGCCUCAGGGAGCGCGCUCAGAGAGAGAUGGACGCGCUCCGAGAAGCUUUCAAUGCCAGAAUCAGAGAACUAGAGGAGUCUCUACGCUUUGCUGAAGAGGAGGUGGAGAAGAUGGCCUCCAUUGCUGAGCAGGAGAAGCUGAGGAAUCUGGGUCUGGAGAAGGAACUUGAAGCCGCCAAUCAGUCAGGAUCCUCACGUGGCAUGGGUUCUAUGCCUGAGGAGGUCCACCAGCUUCAGCAGGCUCUGCAGGGCAAAGAUCGGGUGAUCGAGGGCCUCCAGGAAUCUAUAAAAAAUCAAAACGCUCUGGUUGGAGAGCUUCAGAAGAAGAUCACAACCCAGCCGGCUGCAGAUGGAAUGACUCAUCUUAACACCCUCAUUGGCCAGAAGGACUUGGAACUGCAGGCUCUGAAAGAUGAGUUGGAUCGGGAAAAGGGGAAAGCAGAAAAUGAAAACCAGGUUUGUGUAGCAAAGCAGAGUGAGCUGAAGUCUUUGCAGCAAGUGAGCAGACAGCAGACUGAAGAGCUCAACUCCAUCAAGAGCUCCAACCAAUCACUUCAACAGCAAGUGCAGCAGCUGGACACUGAGAACAAGACACUUUCUGGACAGCUUGAGGAGAAAGAUGCUGAGCUGGCUGGGGAGAAAAGAAACUCUCUGAAACGUGACAAGACCAUCCAGGGCCUGGGUCUCCUACUCAAAGAAAAAGAAAAACAGGUGGAUGAGCUGUAUGGGAAUUUGGAGGAGAAAGAUCAGGCUUUAGCCAAAGCCAGGGACGCUCUCCACAAAGCUCAGCUACAGAAGUACCAGGGUGGAGAGGAGCAGCAGGCUCUGUUGCAGUCCCAGCAUGCCGAGCUUGCACGGUUGCUGGCGGAGUGUCACUCCUCCCUGCUAGACAUUCAGAGGCUGCAGCGUGCGCUCAAUAGCCGAGACGCACAACUGGAACUCCUGCAGCACGACAAACUCCAGCUGGAGAACGAACUGGAGCUGCUGCAGCAGCACAAGAGGAAGGGAGACAAGACCAUCAAUGAUCUGCAGAACCAACUAAAGAAGCUGAGUGGAGAGCUGGCAGAGCGCGAGAAUUCUCUGGAACAUCAAAGGCAACACCAACAAGAGCAGACACGUGCAACAGAGCACAAACUGCAGAGCACUAUACAACAUCUAACAAGCAGCCUCACACAAAAAGAGCAGAAGAUACAGGAAUACAUGAGCAUGGUGCAGGACCUGGAGCAGGAGCGAGCUCCAGCAGGAAGUGAUGUCAUGCUGGCCAAGCUCAGAGAAAGGCUAAGAGAGAAAGAGAAAGCACUAGAGAAAGCACUGGAUGAGAAGUUUUCAGCAGUAGAGGAGAAGGAGAAUGAGAUUCAUCAGCUGCAGCUGAACCUAAGGGAAAAGGAGAGAGACCUAGAGCGCCUCAAUAACCUGCUGUCACACAACGAUGAAACAAUUAAUAGCUUUGAUGCAUUGCUGAAGGAGAAAGAUGUAGAGUUGCAGCAGUUGCUGAAUUCCCUAAAGAGUGCACAGCGUUCCAAACAGGAGAGUGAGGAGCACCUACAGAGAGCUUUAAGGGAGAAGGAUUCAAUCAUCCAGCAGCUUCAACACACACUCCAGCUUAAAACCAAAGACCUUGAGGAAAUGGCCAGUACAGUUCUUAAUCAUUCAGAAUCUAAGGGUCGGGUUUUUGCCGAGCAAAUGAGUCAAAGGUUGAAGGUUGCCGAGGCCAUGUUGUCUGAGGCAGUAAAGGACAAAGAAAGGCUGGUGAGCGAGAACCAGACAGCUAUGGAGAAGCUGCUAGCCUCUAUCAAUAGCAAAGACCAGUUAUUUAAGGAGUGUACAGAGCGCCACACACAGGCUCUCUCUGAUCGGGCAGCUGAGAUACAGGAUUUGCACAGGCAGCUCACAGAUGCCCAGCUGCAGCUCAGUAACACUCAGAAACUCAGCACCACACUGGCAGAGAAAGAUGCUCUUAUCAACAAGUUGUUGGACCACAACAAAGACAGAGCUCAUUAUCUGACUGAGGUCAAAGUUGCAGAGGCUUCGCCUCUCCAGGUGGUAGAGCUUAAACAAACCAUCCAGGUACUACAAGAGAGACUAGAGGAGAGAGAGGGUAAGAAAACUGAGUUGUCUCGAUUGAAUAUUGAGGAGGAUUUGGAGAAAUCUCUUACAGUCAGUAAGAAACCUGUCGUCAUACUGAAGAAAGAACUCGCACAGAAAACAGAAGCUCUUAACAGCUCUCUGAAGAGAGAAAACCAGCUCAAGAUAUUUCUAGCUGAACUGCAAUCCAGGGUCUCAGAGCUGGAAGGCCGACUGGAGGGGCAAACAGCCAACAUCGAGUCUCUGUCAUCCAUGAUCAGUACUAAAGAGGAAAUCAUUGCUGAGCUACAGCAGCGUUUAAGCCUGAUACCUGAGAGACAGUUACCUACAGCCCACACUCGGCACUCACAACCUGGGGAGGAGCUUAACUUCCAGUCCCUGCCUCAGAGAGAGAGAACCAUCAUUGGGGGAGACAGCCAGCAGCAGGAGCUGUCAUCUUUGGGUGACCUGCGGUCAGAGCUGGUGGAGUUGAGCCACACCCUGAAAGCUGAGCAGCAUCUCUAUUCCAACCUUGUUCGGGCAGUCAAAGAACGAGACAGUGCUCAGCACCUGCAGGCGUUGCAGCUGGAGCUGACAGCCGUGACGCUCCUUAGGCAGCAGCUGGAGGACGGCGUGCGCAAAAACACCGAACUCAGAGAGCAGCUGCACCUGGAGAUCCAGAGAGCCAAUCAGAGAGAAGGUGUGGACCUUGCAGAGCUCGAGAGCAUGCGUAAUGCACUAGAAGAAGCUCAGCGCUGGAACACCUCUCUGCAAGCCCGACUUGGCCAGAUGCAAAGCAGAGGGGGAGGAGUCGGACAGGCCAGCGACAUGGAUGACACACUGAGUCUGAUUGGUGAACAGACGUCCUAUAUGAGUAUAUGUGUUGGAGAGGGACAGGAUGAGGACCUGCAGCAGCUCUCAGUGGAACAACUCAAACUGAAGGUCUCAGAGCUUCAGGCAUUAAAUGCCGAGCUGCAGAGAAGACUAGCACUGGCAGAGAGCAGCACUUCGGACAAUGUUCAAAGAGAGUCACAGACAGAAGCUGGCUCUGUUGAUCUGUCACUCUACAACAAGGUAUCAGAGCUACAGGCAGAAAAUGCAGAGCUGAAGAGAAGGUUAGCUGUGGCAGACCUGGGCAUAUUGGAUGACCAGAGAGAGACAGAGCAUCUUUCACCUUCCAACAAGCAACAACAAGGACCAGCCAGACCAGUAGCUGUCAGUGCUAACAAGAAGAUGACUGCCUACAGUGAAAAGGAGAAAGCUGAUGAAACGUCUGAAGAUCAAGAGAAAAUUGGAAGAUCUUUGUUAGCCCAGUCCAGAAAAGGAAAUGAAAACUCGCACCACGCUUCUAAACACCAGCUUGAGGAUGAGCUGCCAGAACUUGCAUUGUUACUCAAAGACUGUGGAGCAGAGUCUGUUUCUCAUCUCAGGGAGCAAAUGACUAAACUGCGCUUAGAAAAUGUAAAAGUCUCAAAGCUCUGGAAGGAAGAAAACUCCAAAGAGAGCAAAGAGAGCGCUGAAAGUUCUGGUGAGAGUGACGGUCACACCGACCUGCGCCAGGCUGUGCAGACUCUCCGAACGGAGGCCCGAAGUCACCGGAAGGUCAUUCGGAUGUUAAAGGAACAGCUACAGAGAAAUGUGACAGCAGACGGCAGAACAGGCGUUGAUCCGGAGCUGAUUGAAAGCAUGUCUGGAAGGGUGGAUCGUCUUAAGGUGGCGGAACACGGACACGGCUUAGAAGACGGCCCGAAGGAGCAACAAAGCAGGGAGAGAAAUGAGGGCAGAGAACAAGAGGACGAGAGAGAGAGAAAGAAACAUGGAAGACCUGAUCAAAACAGCAAAUCAAAUAAUAGAAACCAGAAGCAUCAUGUGUCCAGACAUGGAGCUUACGGGAGGUCACGGCUACCAGUUGCGGUGCGACCUUCAAAGAAAACAGACAAAUCUGACUUGACCGAUCACGAUACAGAGGGAAGUACUGAGCAAUAUAGUGCGACUGAUUCUGAACAGCCAAAGCUUAGAAGCAAGCACCCUCGUGCAACACGACUUCGAAGUUCUCCAAGCAGCAGCUCAGAAGCUCUUUGGGACUCUGAGGCCAGGCAGAAUGCCUACCCCAAAACUAAACACAAUUCUGAUUCCAAGCUAAGUCCAGACACGGUGUCUGACUUCCAACAAUCUGAACUGUUGACACAGCUAGAGUUGCUAAACCAGGAGUGUCAGGAGAAGGAAGAACUUAUCUCCCAACUGCAGUUGCAGAUGCAGGAUUGGGAACAGCGCCAAGCAGAGCUUCUGGAGAAGGACAAACUAAACACCCAGUACCUGGAAGCCCUGCAGGCCGCCGAGUCCACCAUUGCAUAUCUCACAGCCUGUAGCCUCGAUUCUGGUUUGAGCCAGCAGGGAUCGGAAUCCGAUUCGUCACUUCGGCGCCGAUGUGCAGAGCUUCAAAAAGCCGUGCAGGAGAAGGACCGUCUCAACACGCAGCUGCUCCAGGUUUUGAACACGGCCGAGGCUGCGAUCGCCUCGCUCGCCGCAGCCGAUCGUUCCGAAAGCUCCUCUGGCUCUUCUUCUGGUCAGAAUCAGCCACAAGAACUGGGUGAAAGGCUUGAUGGGCUGCUCACUCAGGUCAAGUCUUUGCAGGGAAACAAAAAGGCUUCUACGGGAAGUGCGGAGGAGGUGCAUUACCCAGACGGAAGCUCUGCCCUGGUGUCAGAUCUGCGAUGCCAAGCCGAGUCCUUGCAGGAGUCACUCUUGAGGCAGUGCAGGUUGAAUGCAGAGCUGCAGGAAAAGCUCAAAACUGCAGAGGAAACGAUUUCCAAACUUUUCCGAGCCAAGGAUCAGCAGAACGUUUGCAGCCAAAGGCAACCAGAGGAGAACCUGUAUAAAGAUGAACAGCGGAGCCUGGUUGCAUGUCUGUCCGAGUGUGUCUUAGCUGCAGAACUAGCAUUGGGUUCUGAUUCCGUCAUCACGUCAUUGACCACUCAUCAACCUGAAAGCUCUUCUGGCUUUUCCUCUGCUCAGAGUAACCCAGAAGACUUGUGUGGAAGGCUGAGAGGUCUACUCAGUCAAAUCAAGGCUCUUCAGGAGCAGAAAAAUGCACAAGGGUUACAUUGGGCAUUAGGAUUGGACCUUCAACGUCCAGAUGAGUCCCUUCAGGAAUUACUGUCCAAGCAGUGCAGACUGAACGCAGAGCUCCAGGACAAACUCAGAACCGCAGAGGAAACCGUUAACAAACUUGGUGCUAAUGAUAACACGCCCAAGCACAACAGCACUGCCAAAAGCCUGGAGGAAACGUCCAGCCAGAUUCCACCGCAAGACGAACAACACAGGCUGGUUGCUUGUCUGUCUGAGUGUGUCUUAGCUGCAGAACGAGCCGUGGAAUCCGUUGCAGAUCUUUCUUCAAGGUCUAAUUUUGAAGUCGCAGCUAAUCAGGAGAUGCAGCAGAACCUGGAUAGGCUUUACAAGGCACUAAUAACAAGAGACGGGUUUUUGGAGGCUGGAAACACUAGUAUAAACCAAAGCGCUAUUGUCGGUCCACUGCAACACAGAUCAGUCCAACGUACCUUACAAAUUACAAAUUUAGUUGGUGGGCAGCAGAAGACCAGCACCCCGAACGUAUCCAAAACGAGGAAUUCCGAGCAAGUCAGAACCGGACACACGGACCUUCACAAGAACCUAAUGACGCUCGUCCAGAUCCUCAGACAGAAUGCUCAGAAGGUUCAAGCGCUGGAGAGAAAGCUCAAGAAUAAGGAGGAUCAAGGUCCCGGAGAAAGAGUCAAGAGUCAAGUUAAGCCUGAGGAGGUCACCCAGUUGGAGAGGUUGCAGGAGGCUUUAAAGGAGAAACAGAACCUGUGUCAAAGGCUAGAGGAGAAAUUGGCCACUGCUCAGUCCAUCAUUGCUCUGCAAAGCUCAUCCAAGGAGGAGAAGCACGUAGACAAGCAAAAAGCAACCCCUGGCGAGUGGGAUGAUAAGGGCAUUCAGGUGGAUGUGCAGGACCAAGGCUAUGAAACAAGUGGAAGAAGUGAAAAGGAGGUGGACAGAGAAGAGGGCAGUAGCACAGACAAUCUGGGCACUACAGCAUCCAGCCUGUCCUACCCCAGUUCACCUGAUCUCAGCUCUCCACGACCCAAUAACUCCAGUGCUGACUCGAGUACUGACCCCAUCUCUGACCCCACUGAGCAAAUCCAGCAACUCAGAUCACAGAUUAAAGCUCAGCACAAGACUAUUGCGCACCUUCAGCAACUGCUGCGUAAAAAACCCACUGAGAUUCUCGGUACGACUUCUGACCCUGCAAGCAGAGACGAGGAGGAGGACGGUGCUGCGAUGAGGGCUCGGAUCCACCAGCUCACCACUGAACUAGACAGAGAACGUACGGUCAACAGAAGCAGUCUGUCUGGUUCUCCAUCCAGGAUGGAAUCUCUGGUGCAGUCUCAAGCACGAGAACUCUGCGAGUUGAGGGAACAGAUUCGAGUCUCUCGCACGCUCGGUGCAGAGCAGCGCAAGCAGCUGCUAGAGCUUCGGGGAGCUGUAGAGGAGCUCAUGCCAUCCAGUGACACUGACCUGGGCACAACACUUCGAAAACACCUGGACCAGAGUCUCAGCCUGCUGGAUAAACUGGAGCAAGGAAACGCUCAUGUUGAUGAUGAUGGGAAAGCUGGUUUAGAGCUGGCUCAAAGGCUGUCCGCAGAGCUCCGGGAAAAGGACAGACUCAUUCAGCAGCUGAAAGAUCAGUUGCAUACUCGAGCUCUUGGAAUACAUGGGGAUUCAGACUCUGAGAUGAUCGACAGAACCUCAAAUGGAAGCACCACCUCUGUCCAUGACUGCUUGUCUGACCUGUAUAUGCUAACCUCCAGCAGAGAAAAUGAAGGUACAAAGGAGACCAGAGGCAGUGGUGUUCCUGAUACUCAGCCCGCUACUCCCACUGAAUGUGUGGCAGCUGAUGCGGGCAUGUCCGAAUGCAGCGAAGAAAGCGUUCAUAUCCUGCAGAGAGAUAACGGCCGUCUUGAAGAGAAGCUGAGAAACACCGAAGAGCUCAACGCCACACUAAAGAGUGAACUGGACCUCACCCGCUCCAUCCUCACGCAGACCUGUGGCCAGGGCAGCCCACAAACUAAACCUACAUACACGCCAAGCAACUCAUCAGCCACACACACAGCCUAUCAAAACCAAGCUACAGAAAGCCACCGUCCUGCUCAGGAUUCAGACAGCAGGGGCAUCAGCUCAGAUCUGCUCAUGGAGCACCUGCAGGAGGUACGAGCUCUACGCAAACGCCUUGAGGAAACAAUCCAGACAAAUGAGAGACUCCGAGAGCAGCUGGAGGGAAAACUGCUAGAGACACAGAGACACCCAGAAACGAACAUCUUUAUUGCUGGAUCAGAAGAUCCAGCACAGCUGAAAAUUGAUCUCCGCUUUCUCUGGGCUCAGAACCAAACACUUAAGGAACAACUCAACCAGGCAGCAAGAGACAAACAGAAAGAGAAUGAUCGUCUCCGAGAGGCUCUGUCCAGACGCACAGCCAAAUUGGAGCUUAGCAGAAAGGAGUGUGAAACGUUACGUGAGGAAUGUACACAACUGCAGGACAACCUUUACAGGGUGCAGUGUGAGCAUAAACUCCAGAAGCAGCAGUUAGCCGAUACCCAGCAACUCCUACAGUCAGUGCAAAUAGAGCUCCAGGUGCAUGAACAGAUCAGGACCUCAAUACACACUCACACAGCUGAGGACCGUAGUAGUUCAGAGUCCUCUAAGGUGGACCUCGGUGAGCUGUUGAGCGAGGUACGGAGUCUGCGACUGCAGCUGGAGAGGAGUAUACAGACCAACACAGCACUAAGACACAAACUGGAACAGCAACUACUGACUCGCACAGACUCUCCAUCGACUAUCAACAUCAACUAUCUGCUUACUCAAACAGAUGAAAGUGGAAAAUCUGAGAUGCUUCACCUGCACUCACACCAUGACCCCACCAGAUCAGCAAAUGAUGCAGACAGCGGUAGCUCCGUGAGAAGCGGUUCACCCGUUUUGUCGAGAUUGGUCCCUGGUCACAGGCUGUGGGCGGAUCGACAAGGCCGCCAUGUACUCGGACUUAUAGAGGAUUACAAUGCUCUGAGCAAACAGAUCAAGGAGGCCAAGAGGCUUACUAUCACCGUGGAUACAUCACUUCAGGACAAGUUUGUGGAGUGUGCAGCAUUAUCAGGCAGUGUGGGCACCAUGCUGCAGGUGCUGGAGGAAGCAGGACGACUGCUGAAACUAUUCUGGAGAGUAUCGAUGCCUUCACGAAACCACCCACACUCUCAGCAGGAUGAAGUGUUGAGGUGUGAAAUCUCUCAGCUUAGAUGCAGAUUGUCUCAGCAGGAGCGAAUGCUAACCGGAGCCAUCAAACGCUUGCGCUCGACGAAUCAGCUCAAGGAGGGCAUGGAGCGCAUCAUCAUCGAGCAGCUGUCAUUGACCCAUGGGGUGUUAAAGAAAGCACGAGGAAACCUUGAGGAAAUCCCACUGAAUGUGCAGUAACCAGUCAGGGAUGCGCCUUAAAGCAGAAUUUCAGAAUCCAAGGAGAAAAGGCAUAGCGAUGACUCCUCUCAAGGGCAUUGAAGCACAUAUUCCACCUAUUAAAGACACUUUUUGCUUUUA